GGAAUUCGUACGGGACGAUCUGGACUGCUAGGCUGCUGGGACGAGGUAUAUAAACUUACGAGGAAUCUCAAGCACCAUAAUCCCGCAGAAUCAGAGUCUGAUUUCGCCUCCAGAACUGUAUCCAACACCCGUCUCUACCCCUAUACCCUUUACAAGACAUACCAAACCACAAAAUGACCGUCGACGUCAGCGUACUCGGAAAGCCCAUCACCUUCCGCAAUGGAAUGAAGGCUCCCAACGUCUUCCUCAAGAGCGCCAUGACCGAGCGUCUCUGCACUUACGACAAGAAGGACCUCGAAGCUCGAGGCAAGACCACCGCAGAAUACGAGAAGCUCUACAAGGUCUGGGGUGAGGGCGAGAUCGGUGUUAUUGUUCUUGGUAACAUCCCUAUCGAGCGAGAAGGUCUCGAGGCUGCCAAGAACAUGAUCAUCGACAAGAGCAACACUUGGGACGCCAUCGAGAACUUGAAGCCCGUCAUUGCCGCUUCCAAAGCCCACGGAUCCCUUGUCAUCGGUCAGCUCACCCACGGAGGUCGUCAAGUCUCCAACGAGAUCGUCGACACUCCCGUCUCGGCUUCUGAUAUCCAGUGCCCCCCUAUGGGAGGCAUGGAGUUUGGAAAGCCUCGACCUUUGCGUGAGGACGAGAUUGAGGACUUGAUCGACCGAUGGGCGUUCGGUGCCGAGGCUUUGUACAAGGCCGGCGCGGAUGGUUGUCAAUUGCACGCCGCCCACGGAUACUUGCUCUCCCAGUUCCUCUCCAGCCGAGUCAACAAGCGAACCGACAAGUUCGGAGGGUCAUUGGAGAACAAGUCGAUGAUCGUCUUCAGGGUCAUCGAGGAGAUCAAGAAGCGUGUCGACACUAGCAAGUUCUUGAUUUCGAUCAAGAUGAACUCGGCCGAUUUCGCUGACGGUGGUCUCACCGAGGAGGAAUCCCGAACCGUCGCUCAACAGCUCGACGAGGCCGGUCUCGACCUGAUCGAGCUCUCCGGUGGAUCGUACGAGAGCAUGGCUUUCGAGCACAAGAAGGAGAGCACCAAGAAGCGAGAAGCCUUCUUCAUCGAGUUUGCCGAAAAGGUCAGGCCGAUGCUGAAGUCCGCCGUCCUCUGUACCACUGGAGGUUUCCGAAGCGCCAAGGCCAUGGUCGACGCCGUGAACGGAGGUGCGACCGCCAUGAUCGGGUUGGCUCGACCUCUUUGUGCCGAGCCCUACUUCUGCCGGGACAUCUUGUCUGGCAAGAUCACCGAGGCUAGGGAGAACAAGGGUGACGGUGGCAUCUCGACCGGAUUGGCCAUCAUGCAGCUCGCCGCUAUCGGUGCUGGCAAGGAUAUUCCCGAUCUCUCGGACGAGAAGACCGUGCAAAAGCUCGUCAACGUCCUCAUGGGCAAGGGUGACGAGGAUGACAAGCCGAUCAAGGACCAGGAGUCUUCGUCCUAUGCCGGACAGGAGAAGGCUUCGUAGAUGUUGACGCAUAUCAGGUAUCUUUCUUCGCAUUUGUUAGAUGAGGUCAUCUUGUGAAUAUACAACUAUAAAGUUAGAGCUUCGAAUGGCCUUGCAAGAUAGUAUGCAAUUAACACUUCGAGC